AUGUCGGGCUAUCCGGCCAACCGCGACUAUGAUGAUGGCUACGGCCAUCAUCAGCAAGGAAAUACUGAUUCCUAUUACGACAAUGACCAGGGUCAAUACUACGACAACGGCUAUGAUGCCCACGGCGGCCAUGGCGGGCAGGAGGGCUACUACGACGAGUCGGGUUACUACAAUUCCGACCCGAACAACCCCUACCACCAAGAUGGCGGCUACUACGAGGGCCACGACCAGUACAACGACGGUUACGACAACGGCUACUACGACCAAGGCUACGACCAAGGUGGCUACGGCGGCCAUGGCCAGCGCCGUGGAGGCUCCGAGGAAGACUCUGAGACUUUCAGUGACUUCACGAUGAGGUCCGACAUGGCCCGAGCCGCCGACAUGGACUACUAUGGUCGAGGCGACGAGAACUACGGCGGCUAUCAAGAUGGACAGGGCCGUGGCUACCGCCCGCCGUCUUCACAGAUAUCGUAUGGCGGCAACCGUUCGUCGGGCGCCUCCACGCCCAACUAUGCUAUGGACUAUGGCAAUGUUCUCCCGGCUGGCCAACGCUCCCGAGAGCCGUAUCCCGCAUGGACAUCAGAAGCCCAGAUCCCUCUUUCCAAAGAGGAGAUUGAGGACAUCUUCAUCGAUCUUGCAAACAAGUUCGGUUUCCAGAGAGACAGCAUGCGCAACAUGUACGAUCACCUGAUGACACUGCUGGACUCGCGGGCCUCGCGUAUGACUCCCAAUCAAGCGCUUCUCUCCCUCCACGCCGACUACAUUGGCGGAGACAACGCGAACUUCCGCAAGUGGUACUUCGCUGCACAUCUUGAUCUCGACGAUGCCGUCGGCUUUUCCAACGUGAAGGGUUCCAAGUCAAAGAAGAAGCAAAAGAAGAAGAAGAGCAAGAACGAGGCCGAGGAGCAGACCCUUGAAGAUCUCGAAGGCGACAACUCGCUCGAGGCUGCCGAGUUCCGUUGGAAGACUCGCAUGAACCGCAUGUCCCAGCACGAUCGUGUGCGGCAGCUCGGCCUUUACCUGCUCUGCUGGGGCGAAGCCAACCAAGUUCGUUUCAUGCCCGAGUGUCUAUGCUUUGUCUUCAAGUGCGCCGACGACUACUUGAACUCGCCAGCGUGCCAAAACUCCGUCGAGCCCGUGCCAGAGUUCACGUUCCUGAACAACGUCAUCACACCUCUGUACCAGUACUGCAGAGACCAGGGUUACGAGAUCACGAACGGUGUUUAUGUUCGACGUGAGCGUGACCACAACAAGAUUAUUGGCUAUGAUGACUGCAACCAGCUGUUUUGGUACCCCGAGGGCAUCGAGCGUAUCGUCCUCGAGGACAAGUCGAAGUUGGUCGACGUGCCUCCUGCAGAGCGGUACCUGAAGCUGAACCAGGUGAACUGGAAGAAAUGCUUCUUCAAGACGUACAAGGAGACUCGGUCUUGGAUGCACCUGAUUGUCAAUUUCAACCGCAUCUGGGUCAUCCACCUGACGGUUUUCUGGAUGUUCACGGCCAACAACGCUCCGUCUCUGCUUGUUCCUAAUUACGAGCAGCAGGUGAACCAGCAACCCGCCCGCUCUGCCUCAUGGUCUAUUGUCGGUUUUGGUGGAGGCAUAGCAUCUCUCAUCCAGAUCCUGGCGACGCUUGCAGAAUGGGCCUACGUUCCCAGGAGAUGGGCCGGUGCCCAACAUCUUACCAAGCGGCUGCUAUUCCUCAUCCUGGUCUUUGUCAUCAACGUUGCUCCUGGCGUGUACGUGUUCUUGCCCCAGGCUACGAUUGCGGAGUACAAUGCACACCAAAACUCCACCAUUGCCCUGGCUCUUGGCGUUGCACAGUUCUUCAUUGCUCUCAUCACCUUGCUCUUCUUUGCCAUCAUGCCUCUUGGUGGGCUUUUUGGCAGCUAUCUGGUGAGCAAGAAGUCUCGACGCUAUGUGGCCAGCCAGACCUUUACCGCAAGUUGGCCUCGGCUGAAGGGCAAUGACAUGGCUAUGUCUUAUGGCAUGUGGUGUGUUAUUUUUGGUUGCAAGUUCGGUGAAUCUUACGGCUUCCUGACCUUGUCAUUCCGAGACACCAUUCGCUAUCUGGCCAUAAUGGACACCAGUAGCUGUUUGGGUGACACUAUCAUCGGGAACAAUCUCUGCAAGUACCAGCCGACGAUUCUUCUUAUCUUGAUGACAUUCACGGACCUGGUCUUCUUCUUCCUCGAUACUUACUUGUUCUACGUCAUAUUGAACGCCGUGGUCUCUAUCGCCAGAUCGUUCUAUCUCGGUUCCUCCAUCAUGACACCCUGGAGGAACGUUUUCUCGCGUCUACCCAAGAGGAUUUACUCCAAGGUCUUGGCCACGACCGACAUGGAGAUCAAGUACAAGCCGAAGGUGCUCAUUUCUCAGAUCUGGAACGCCAUCGUCAUCUCCAUGUACCGAGAGCAUCUACUCGCCAUCGACCAUGUGCAGAAGCUUCUCUACCAUCAGGUGCCGUCCGAACAGGAGGGGAAGCGUACACUGCGUGCUCCAACCUUUUUCGUCUCGCAGGAAGAUCACUCCUUCAAGACGGAAUUUUUCCCGAGCCACAGCGAAGCAGAGCGUCGCAUCUCUUUCUUCGCGCAGUCCUUGUCCACCCCAAUCCCUGAGCCGCUUCCUGUGGACAACAUGCCGACGUUCACGGUCCUCAUCCCACACUACAGCGAAAAGAUCCUGCUGUCUCUCCGGGAAAUUAUCCGUGAGGAUGAGCCGUACUCGCGCGUCACCCUGCUGGAGUACUUGAAGCAACUGCACCCCCACGAGUGGGACUGCUUUGUCAAGGAUACCAAGAUUCUGUCGGAUGAAACUGCGCAGUACAACGGUGACGAGGAGAAGCCUGAGAAGGACACGGCAAAGAGCAAGAUUGAUGACCUCCCCUUCUACUGCAUCGGUUUCAAGUCCUCCGCACCGGAGUAUACGCUUCGCACCCGGAUCUGGGCCUCGCUUCGCUUCCAAACUCUCUACCGUACCAUCUCUGGUUUCAUGAACUACAGUCGCGCUAUCAAGCUGCUCUAUCGCGUUGAGAACCCCGAGGUCGUGCAGAUGUUCGGCGGCAACUCUGACAAGCUCGAACGUGAGCUCGAGCGCAUGGCUCGCCGCAAGUUCAAGAUCUGUGUCUCCAUGCAACGGUAUGCCAAGUUCAAGAAGGAGGAAAUGGAGAACGCCGAGUUCCUCCUCCGUGCGUAUCCCGACUUGCAGAUCGCUUACCUGGAUGAGGAGCCGCCAGCAAACGAGGGCGAGGAGCCACGUUUGUACUCGGCUCUUAUCGACGGCCACUGUGAGCUCAUGGAGAACGGCAUGCGAAAGCCCAAGUUCCGAAUCCAACUCUCUGGUAACCCCAUUCUGGGAGACGGCAAAUCCGACAACCAGAACCACUCGAUCAUUUUCUACCGCGGCGAAUACAUCCAGCUCAUCGACGCCAACCAGGACAACUAUCUCGAGGAGUGCUUGAAGAUCCGGAGCGUACUCGCCGAGUUCGAGGAGAUGAAGACCGAAAACGUCUCUCCUUACACUCCCGGGGUCAAGAACAACUCUCCCGCUCCUGUUGCUAUCCUUGGUGCACGUGAAUACAUUUUCUCUGAGAACAUCGGUAUUCUUGGUGACGUCGCCGCAGGAAAGGAGCAAACGUUCGGUACUCUCUUCGCUCGUACGCUGGCCCAGAUCGGCGGCAAGCUCCAUUACGGUCAUCCUGAUUUCCUCAACGGUAUUUACAUGACCACGAGAGGAGGUGUCUCCAAGGCGCAGAAGGGUCUUCAUCUGAACGAGGAUAUUUAUGCUGGUAUGAACGCCGUCCUACGUGGUGGUCGCAUCAAGCACUGUGAAUACUUCCAGUGCGGUAAAGGUCGUGAUCUGGGUUUUGGCUCGAUUCUCAACUUCACGACCAAGAUCGGAACGGGUAUGGGUGAACAGAUGCUGUCUCGAGAGUACUACUACCUUGGUACCCAGCUGCCUCUGGACCGAUUCCUCUCGUUCUACUACGCGCAUCCCGGAUUCCACGUCAACAACAUGUUCAUCAUGCUCUCAGUCCACAUGUUCAUGCUCUGUCUGAUCAACCUUGGUGCCCUCCGACAUGAGACCAUCGCCUGCAGCUACAACCGGGACGUCCCUAUUACGGACCCUAUGUACCCGACGGGUUGCAACAACACGGCUGCGCUGAUGGACUGGGUCUAUCGCAGUGUCAUCUCCAUUAUCUUCGUCAUCUUCCUCGCCUUCGUGCCUCUGGUUGUGCAGGAGCUGACUGAGCGUGGAGUCCUGCGUGCCUCGACCCGUCUGGCCAAGCAGAUCUGCUCUCUAUCACCCUUCUUUGAGGUGUUCGUCUGUCAGAUCUACGCCAAUGCAGUGCAACAGAACUUGUCAUUCGGAGGUGCCAGAUAUAUCGGUACGGGCCGUGGCUUCGCCACCGCUCGUAUACCCUUCGGAAUCUUGUUCUCGCGUUUUGCUGGGCCGUCUAUCUACUUUGGAGCUCGCAUGCUGUUGAUGUUGCUGUUUGCAACGUUGACUGUCUGGCAGGCCGCCCUGAUCUACUUCUGGAUGUCUCUGCUCGCCCUCUGCAUCUCGCCGUUCCUCUACAACCCCCAUCAGUUCGCAUGGAACGACUUCUUCAUCGACUACCGCGAGUUCCUCCGCUGGCUCUCCCGUGGUAACUCGGUGUCUCACGCGUCGUCCUGGAUCGCCUACUGCCGUCUUUCUCGUACCCGACUCACUGGAUACAAGCGCAAGGUCAUCAUCGCCCCGCUGCUCCUCGCCGUCGUUACCUUGAUUCCUUACCUGUUCAUUAACGCGCAGACUGGAGUCCACGACACCGGUGGUGUCCUGAAGGACAACGAUUCGGACGCCAAGCCCACCGCCGCCCUCAUGCGUGUUGGUAUCGUUGCCCUCGGUCCCGUUGCCGUCAACGCUGGCGUGUGUGCGAUCUUCUUCGCCAUGGCUUGCUGCAUGGGGCCGUUGUUCAGCAUGUGCUGCAAGAAGUUCGGCAGCGUACUGGCGGCUAUCGCGCACGCUAUUGCUGUCAUCAUGCUCCUCGUGUUCUUCGAGGUGAUGUACGUCCUCGAGGGUUUUAACUUCACCCGGACGAUUAGCGGCAUGAUCGCAGUCAUCGCCGUACAGCGCUGGGUGAUGAAGUUGAUCAUCACCUUCGCCCUGACGAGAGAAAUGAAGACUGACCAGGCCAACAUCGCUUUCUGGACCGGUAAAUGGUACUCGAUGGGUUGGCACUCGGUCUCGCAACCUGCACGAGAGUUCCUCUGCAAGAUCACCGAGCUGAGCUUCUUUGCUGGGGACUUCAUCUUGGGACACGCACUGCUGUUCAUAAUGUGCCCGGUGAUCCUGAUCCCUCAGGUGGACAAGCUGCAUUCCAUCAUGCUCUUCUGGCUCCGUCCUAGCCGGCAAAUUCGGCCACCAAUCUACUCGCUCAAGCAGUCCAAGCUCAGGAGGAAGCGUGUUUUCCGCUAUGCGCUGCUCUACUUUCUGCUGCUGAUCCUGUUCCUGGUGCUGAUGGUGGGCCCAAGCCUCGCGGGCAAGUACGUGCCGUCGUCGGUAUUCUCUAUGCUUGACAGCACGAACCUGGUUCAACCCACGGACCAGGACAAGAACAACACCGUCGGUGAGACGGAGACAGGCACAGGUGCAGCAUCCUACACGGGAGCGCUGCUGACGAUGACUGCGUCUGCUUCGGCGUCAAGCACGGGAGACGCGGCCAAGAUCCGUCUCUUCUAA